CCUCUGUAGCUCAUUCCCAUUUCUCUUCACAACUGUGAUUACACUAUCCUCUCCGGACAUGGCAAAACUUCUGAUCCUUUCCCUCUUUGUCCUCGCCGCCGUCUCGGCGGCGGCGGCGGACAUGUCGAUCAUAACCUACGACGAGGAGCAUCCGGCGAAAGGCCUGAGCCGGACCGACGAGGAGGUCAUGGCGUUGUACGAGUCGUGGCUAGUGGAGCACGGCAAAUCGUACAACGGCCUCGGCGGAGAGAAGGAUAAGAGGUUUGAGAUCUUCAAGGAUAACCUCAGGUACAUCGACGAGCAGAACAGCCGGGAAGACCGGGCCUACAAGCUCGGGCUGAACCGAUUCGCUGAUCUCACCAACGAGGAGUACCGGUCAACGUACCUCGGCGCCAAGACCGAUGCUCGCCGGAGAAUCGCUAAGACGAAGAGCGAUCGGCGGUAUGCUCCCAAGGUCGGCGGCAGCUUGCCGGACUCCAUUGACUGGAGAGAGAAAGGUGCCGUCGCCGAAGUCAAAGAUCAAGGAAGCUGUGGGAGUUGCUGGGCAUUCUCAACCAUUGUUGCCGUGGAAGGUAUAAACCAGAUCGUGACUGGUGAAUUGAUCUCAUUGUCUGAACAGGAGCUUGUGGAUUGUGAUACAUCAUAUAACGAAGGCUGCAAUGGUGGUCUAAUGGACUAUGCCUUCGAGUUCAUCAUCAAGAACGGUGGUAUUGAUACUGAGGCAGAUUACCCCUACACUGGUAGGGAUGGAAGGUGUGAUCAAACAAGGAAAAAUGCUAAGGUCGUUUCUAUUAAUGGGUAUGAGGAUGUUACUCCUUAUGAUGAGAGUGCACUAAAAGAGGCAGUUGCAGGCCAGCCAGUUAGUGUUGCCAUUGAAGCUGGUGGCAGAGACUUCCAACUCUAUACAUCGGGUAUAUUUACUGGAUCAUGUGGAACAGACCUGGACCACGGUGUGGCUGCUGUUGGAUAUGGUACAGAAAGCGGCGUAGAUUAUUGGAUUGUUAAGAACUCAUGGGGUGCAUCCUGGGGAGAGAAAGGCUAUGUGAGGAUGCAGCGCAACGUGAAAGACUCAAAUGGUUUGUGUGGUAUCGCGAUAGAGCCUUCUUACCCGACCAAGACAGGUGAAAAUCCACCCAACCCCGGUCCAUCUCCUCCAUCUCCAGUCAGUCCCCCCAACAUGUGUGAUAACUUCAACGAGUGCCCUACUAGCACCACCUGCUGCUGUGUCUUCCCGUAUGGUAACUACUGCUUUGCAUGGGGAUGCUGCCCUCUAGAAAGCGCGGUUUGCUGUGAUGACCACUACAGUUGCUGCCCUCACGACUACCCUGUAUGCCAUGUCAGACAAGGCACCUGCACAGUGAGCAAGGAUAGUCCAUUUGGAGUGAAGGCUAUGAGACGCACCCCUGCCAAGAAGAUUAGAAACAACGGCAGCAGUUCUUGAAUACUCCUCGAGUUCUCAGCAGUGGAAUGACAAAGGCAAAAGUGCCCCAGGCGUAAAGGGUUUAAGUACCUUUCUCCUAGGCGCACUGAACCGCAGAAGUCGUUUCAUUCAGAGAUAAAUGUGCCCUGAUUCAAGGGGUUGCAUUGAUACUGAUCUUUUGUAUAUACUGUGCUAUUUAUUCCUGGCAUUGGAUUAAAAACGAAAACCAAAAAGACAGAUUUAUUGUUUAGCAUUGUCUGAUUAUGCACAUAGGCUUGUCAUUCUGCAACGCUGCUGCUUUCUUCUUUAUGUGUACUGCACUUUCAUCUACUAAUAAUAGCAAGAACUUUUCAAUUCUCUAA